ACUAGUGGGCCCCACGUCCUCUUCCACCGCCAAAACCAACAACCUCCUCCUCCUCCUCCUCCUCCUCCUCUCAGGAGUCAGGACACCGACACCGCCACCGCAACAGCAAAGCAGACAGAGCACCAAUGAAAUUAAUGAACCACCGCCCGCGUAAGCCCUCCUAACCGUCCACACUUCCAGCAACCCAAGAUAUGAUGAAGCUCGCCGUCGAGAUCUCCGACGCCGCCGACCUCUCCCCCAAGGACGGCGCCGGCUCCUGCAACCCCUUCGUCGAGGUCGAAUUCGACGAUCAGCGCCAGCGCACCGCCACCAAGCCUGCCGAUCGCUCCCCUUACUGGAACCACACGCUCGUCUUCGACGUCCGCGACCCCGCCCGCCUUGGGACCCUCCCCGUCGACGUCUCCGUCUACCACGACCGACGCCUCCACGACCACAACGCCAUCCGCCCACACACCUUCCUCGGCCGCGUCCGAAUCAACGCCGCCUCCGUCGCACCCUCCUCCGCCGAGGCCGUCCUCCAGAGAUACCCGCUCGAGAAGCGCGGCCUCUUCUCCCGCGUCUCCGGGGACAUCGCCCUCAGGCUCUACCUCAUCCAAGAUGAUCACCCACGUCCGCCUGCUGCCGUCUCUUCUUCUCCCGCCUCUCUCGAUAACAACAACGUCCCGCCGCCCAACCACCAGCAGCACGAGCCCGUCGCCGCCGCUGCAGCCACCGGAGACCCCGAAAGGAUAGUCAGGUCUGCGUUCGCUGCCGCCGUCGGCCAGACGGAGCAGGCGGAAGCAGAAUCCAAGGGCAAGAGCAGCCACGAGCCGCCUCGCGUCUUUCGCUCCGUGCCGGCCUCAGGAGGAGGCGGCGACCAGCAACAACAACCCAGGAGGGCGACGCUACACGCCGUCGCCGCGCCGCCUCCGCCGCCAGGGCAGACGGUCGUCAUGCCGCGCCCCGCCGGACCAGCUGCCCCUGCCCCGCCCGGCGCGGCGUAUGGGCUCGUGGAGACGAAGCCACCGCUGCCCGCCAAGAUGGGCCCGCGCGCGGCUGCCGCGGCGGCGGCCAAGAUCGCGUCGACGUACGACAUGGUGGAGCCCAUGUCGUAUCUGUACGUGAGCGUCGUCAAGGCACGCGACCUCCCCACCAUGGACGUGACGGGCGCGCUGGACCCCUACGUGGAGGUGAAGCUGGGCAACUUCAAGGGCGUCACCAAGCAUUUGGAGAAGAACCCCAACCCAGUAUGGCGCCAGACCUUCGCCUUCUCCCGAGAGCACCUGCAGUCCAACCAGCUCGAGAUCGUCGUCAAGGACAAGGACGUCGUCAAGGACGACUUUGUCGGCCGCGUCGUCUUCGAAAUGUCCGACAUCCCGCACCGCGUCCCGCCCGACAGCCCGCUCGCGCCGCAGUGGUACCGCCUCGCCGAUCGCGGCGGCGACAAGCUGCGCCACGGCGAGAUCAUGCUCGCCGUCUGGAUCGGCACGCAGGCCGACGAGGCAUUCCCGGAGGCCUGGCACUCGGACGCGCACUCCCUGCCGUUCGAGGGCCUCAAUAACACGCGCUCCAAGGUCUACUACUCGCCCAAGCUCGCCUACCUCAAGGUGGUCGCCAUCGCCGCGCAGGACCUCGUCCCCGCCGAGAAGGGCCGCCCGCUCGCUCCCACCAUCGCCAAGAUACAGCUCGGUGGGCAAGUCAGGCGCACGCGCCCGGGGCAGCCGCAGGGGUCGGCCAACCCGACGUGGAACGAGGAGUUCAUGUUCGUGGCGGGGGAACCGUUCGACGAGCAGCUGGUGGUGACGGUGGAGGAGCGCGUGGCCCCCGGGCGCGACGAGCCCGUGGGCCGCGUGAUCAUCCCCGUGGCGGCGCCGUACGUGCCCCGCAACGACCUGGCCAAGUCGGUGGAGACCAAGUGGUUCAACCUGUCGCGCGGUCUGACGGUGGAUGAGGCGGCGGCGAGCGUCAACAAGGACAAGACGUUCGCGAGCAAGAUCCACCUGCGGCUGAGCCUGGAGACGGCGUACCAUGUGCUGGACGAGUCGACGCACUACAGCAGCGACCUGCAGCCGUCGGCGAAGAAGCUGCGCAAGGGGUCCGUCGGCAUCCUGGAGCUGGGCAUCCUGAGCGCGCGCAACCUGGUGCCGAUGAAGGCGAAGCAGGGGCGGCUGACGGACCCCUACUGCGUGGCCAAGUACGGCGCCAAGUGGGUGCGCACGCGCACGCUGCUCAACACGCUGGCGCCGCAGUGGAACGAGCAGUACACGUGGGAGGUGUUCGACCCCUGCACCGUCAUCACCAUCGCCGUGUUCGACAACGGCCAUGUGUUGGGCGACCAUGGCGACGCCAAGGACCAGAGGAUCGGCAAGGUGCGCAUCCGGCUGUCGACGCUGGAGAUCGACCGCGUGUACACGCACUUCUACCCGCUGAUGGCGCUGAACCCGUCGGGGCUGAAGAAGACCGGGGAGCUGCACCUGGCCGUGCGCUUCACCUGCACGGCGUGGGCCAACAUGCUGGGCAUGUACGGCAAGCCGCUGCUCCCCAAGAUGCACUACACCAACCCCAUCUCGGUGCUGCAGCUGGACUACCUCCGGUUCCAGGCCAUGCAGAUGGUGGCGGCGCGGCUGGGCCGCGCGGAGCCGCCGCUGCGGCGUGAGGUGGUGGAGUACAUGCUGGACGUGGACUCGCACAUGUUCAGCCUGCGUAGGAGCAAGGCCAACUUCUACCGGAUCACGUCGCUCUUCUCGGGCGUGGUGGCCGUGGGGAAAUGGAUGGACGGCAUCUGCAAGUGGAAGAACCCGCUGACGACGAUCCUGGUGCACGUGCUGUUCCUGAUCCUGGUGUGCUACCCGGAGCUGAUCCUGCCGACGGUGUUCCUCUACCUGUUCAUGAUCGGGGUGUGGAACUACCGGCGCCGGCCCCGCAAGCCGCCGCACAUGGACACGGUGCUGUCGCACGCGGAGCAGGCAUACCCGGACGAGCUGGACGAGGAGUUCGACACAUUCCCGACGACGAAGCCGGGGGACAUUGUGCGGAUGAGGUACGACCGGCUGCGCAGCGUGGCCGGGCGCGUGCAGACGGUGGUGGGCGACCUGGCGACGCAGGGGGAGCGCGCGCAGUCGCUGCUGAGCUGGCGCGACCCCAGGGCGACGGGCAUCUUCAUCAUGCUGUCGCUCAUCGUCGCCGUGGUGCUGUACGUGACGCCGUUCCAGGUGGUGGCCGUGGUGGUGGGGCUGUACCUGCUGCGGCACCCGCGGUUCCGGAGCAAGCAGCCGUCGGUGCCAUUCAACUUCUACAAGAGGCUGCCCGCCAAAUCCGACGUGCUGCUAUGACGGACACGCCAAGCCUGCGCCGCGGCAAAAAUAAAAUAAGAGAAGCUGGAUGUCGUCUAGUUUUGAUUUCCGAAGGACGGAGAAGAUGCCAAGAUGGAUGGAUACUCUGAGCAUUCAUCAGAAUAAGAGAAGCUUCGUGUAUCCGUCUGUUUCUGAACAUUCAGAAGCAGCACAACAGCAGCAAAGCAAUCAUGUCAUCCAUGAUUCAUGUGUGGGGGAAGGGAAAGGAAGAGAACGGACUAGUAGUAGUUGAUGCAUUCUUUUCAUCCUUUUUUUCUUUUCUCCCUCACUAUAAAGUUGGCACAUAUUGCUUUCUUUUUUUCUUUUCUCUUUUUUUAAAAAGUUGGCAUGCGCAGAUAGAUACUUGUAUGUGUGGAUGGAUCUCAUCGGAAGGUGUAUAUUCUAUACUUGUGUUUGGCCUAUGUGCCAUGUGAUGUGUAAAGCCCUUCCGCUUU